CACUUCCGGUAGAAAAUGUCAUCUGUAAACAUAAAAAAAGCUUGAUGGACAUGUAACGAAUGAACGUUGAACCGUUCUUUUUUAUGGUUCUAAACUAGUUUUUGGACAUGGACAAAGCAUCUCGCCAUGAGCUUCUAAGGAUAGUUGAAGCACAGAGAGAGAAAAUUACAAAAUAUGAGGCAAAGCUUAAAGAUUUGGUUGUGGCUUAUAAAGGACUGGCAAAGGAAAAGGAAGCAUUAGAUGCCAGCUUAAAAAUUCUCUCUCAGAAGAAAACUGAGAGUGAUUCACCAUCAUCUGAACAUAAACAGGAGGGGGAACACCAGUCAACAACAGAUAAGAAAGAGAACCAGUUUACAGAUCCUCUCCAGGCCACUCAUAAGGGGGACGGCAAGGAAGAAGAGAAAUCUGAGGCAGGAUCUUCGGAGUCAGACCAAAUAAAGACCCUGACAGAAUCUUUGUUGACUCUGACACAGGAGAAAUCAAAGUUAGAGAGUGUGUACCUGGCAGACAAAAAAAGAUUACUGCAAGAGAAUGAGGAUUUAAAUGAAAAAAUUAAUGAGGAGAAAGAAAAAUCGGAAAAUGACAAGAAAAAACUAGAAAAGCAAAUACAAGAGUUGAAGCUGCGUAUUCGGGAGCAGCAGACAGAGAGAGAGAAGGAACAGAAUGACCACGCCCUCAUGUUACGAGAACUUCAGAAGUUACUGGCUCAGGAACGUACCUCUAAAGACCAGCUGGAAAAUCAGGUGGAUGAUCUGAAGUUUACUCUCUCAGAGAAAAGUCAACUUUUACCCAGUAUGUCCCAAGCCUACGAGAAAAAAAUAACGGAUCUGACUGCAGAACUAAAAGAGGUCCGAGGAAAGUUAGAGGCAGAGAAAAUCAAAGCCGAAAUGCCUCCAGAAGGUCUCAUACAACUGCAGAAUGAUAUGUCCAAAAUGAAGAAGGAGUACCAGUUACAGCUAUUGGAGGAACAGAAGAGAAGCUCCGAGUCCCAAGCUAAACUCGAGCGUUACAGACAGGAGAGUGAAAACCGUGUGUCUGCCCUUGAGUCUAAAAUCUCUGAGUUGUCGGACCUUGUGGGAAAUUACGAGAGGUACAAGGUCCAGGAUCAACAGACCAUACAGAAACUGAAGGAUCGCAUGUCGCAGCUUGAUCUGGAGAAUACUGCGCUGUCACGGUCCGCUAGUCAGAUCGGGAACUAUGAUGAAGAGUGGAGGAAUUUAGAGGCAUCACAGCUGGGUGAUCUCAUUGUCAAACUACAGGGGUUUCUACGAGAAGCCAAUAAAAGAACUGCUACUCCUGUUUUACUGGAAGAUUUACUGCGAGAUGAGGAUGGACAGUGUCCCAAGUGUAGAAAGAACCGAGAGGAAUGGGAGAACCUGAAGGAGGAAUAUGAGAGAUACAAACUCAGGGCUCAGAGUGUGCUCAAAAAUAAAACCUCAAAGGACACAGGGAAUAGUAAGGAAAUGGACACACUGAAAUCUCAGCUGAAUGAACUCAGGGAGAGAAAUAAAUCUCUACAUAUACAACAUGAGGCAGAGUUAGGGAAAGAGAAAGCAAAACUAGAGACAGCCCACAAAACACUGGUGUCUGUACAGGAAAAACACAAGGCAGAAAUUCUCCACUUAGAGGCCGAAUAUCAACAUCAGAAAAGUGAGUUAGAAGUAGAGAUUCGGAAACAGCGUGAACGGACGGUGUCUUUACUGGCCGAGAAAGAUCGUGACAUUGAGAUGUUAAAGGCUUCCAUGCCUAUUUAUGAUGAACGUUAUUUUCUUCAAAAUCCUCCUGACUCAGGGGCUUCGGCAGAAUUCCCUGGGGGUAAGUCUGAGGAGGAAAGAGCAGUGUCAAGGUUACUGAACAUGUCUUCCCUGAAUCAAGGGGAUUCCAAUCUGUUCUACCGACAAGAACUCUCCAGAAAGGAGGUAGAAAUAAAUGCAUUACGUAAACAAAAGCAUGAACUUGAGUCUGCUCUUAGAGAAUUACAAUUAAACAGUCAUUCUAAGGAGGAAUCACUAACUGAACGAAUUGAGAUGUUGACGGAAGAAAUCCGACGAAAUGAUAGGAGUAAGGCCAGAGAAGGUGCUAAUCUUGAGUAUCUUAAGAAUGUGACAUAUAAAUUCCUGACGAGCUUCGAUCCCAAGGCUAAACAGCAGAUGCUGAACGCCAUCACCACUAUCCUACAGUUCAGCCCUCAAGAGAAAUCAGUAGUCCACACACAGCUAAAGAGCUGGUGGGCGGGCACUAUAUCAUGAGGACCAACCACUGGGGGGGGGG